AUGAUGGGACAGAAUGGCCUUUCAGGGCCAAAAGGGGAGAAGGGCGAUGUUGGAUUUCCUGGGGCCAAAGGAGAAAGGGGAGACCCCAUGACGACAUUUGGACCUCAAGGCUACAAAGGCAACAAAGGCGAUCCUGGUGAAAGAGGCCCUCCAGGGUUUGAUGGUGACAAGGGCGAGAAAGGAGAAGAUGGACCAGCAGGAGAAAAGGGAGUGAAAGGAGAAGCCGGUGCGAAAGGAAUCAUGGGUCUGUUUGGCACAAGAGGCCCAGUGGGACAGAAGGUCAGUCCGAAUGGCUCCUGUGUUCACACAUGUAGCCUGGGGUUGGGGUGA